UGUCCGUUCAUUUCAUCGACGAGUUGGUUGAAUCGCGAGUGAGUGUAGGAAACACAAAUGUGAUUUUCCCUUGCUCGAAACAGCACACGUCGCAAUUUAUCGUCGUCCUGACGGUCUGGGUACAUUUUUUUUAUUGAAGUGAACUUGCAAAUUCUAUAAUUUGCCUGGGUGGAAGCGGAGAAAGGAUAAGGAUUUUCCUCCCUACAGGGAGAAAAAGUGGUAUAAAUUAUUCUUCGAAUUCGUUGCGUGUUGAGUGGAAAAAAACAGUGACUUGAUAAGGGGAAACAGUAGUUCACAUUUCAAUCUGUGAGCCUCGUUGUUCUGAACGACGUUGGCAGAAAGGGGAAUUCCCACGAUGAUUACAAAUAAGAAAUUAUCUGCUGGGCUGGUGAUUGCACUGAAUUGCUGCAUUUUACUCGCAAAUGGCUUCACGCUGCAAAAGCAAAAAAAUAGCUCGUCCGUUGGGGCCAUAAUCGAGAAUGAAAGUUUCCUACAGCAUCCCCAUUAUGAGAGCAAUAGCGAGCUGCAGGAUUUACUGGCACGUCUCCAGAAAGAUCAUCCCUCGCUGGUGAAGGUUCACAGCAUCGGAUCGUCUCUGGAAGGACGACCUUUGCUAGCCGUAGAAAUCCGAACUGAUAUCGAUCGACCGAGACCACUGCUGAUGCCAAUGUUUAAGUACGUGGCCAACAUGCACGGCGACGAAACUGUGGGUCGUCAACUGUUGAUUUAUCUGGCCCAAUAUCUUGUGAACAACUACGAGCAGGAUCCAGAGAUUGCCGCGUUGGUCAACAGUACCGAUAUCUUCCUGAUGCCAACAAUGAAUCCCGAUGGAUUCCAUCGCUCCAAGGAAGGAAAUUGCGAAUCUCUGUCGAGCUACACCGGCCGUUACAACGCAGCCAGCAUCGAUUUGAAUCGUGAUUUCCCGGACCGCUUCGACGAUGAUCGAGCGAGACAUUUGCGCAGGAACCGGCAGCAGCCCGAAACGGUGGCCGUCAUGAACUGGGUCCUCACCAAUCCGUUCGUGCUGUCGGCCAAUCUGCACGGGGGAGCAGUGGUGGCUAGCUACCCGUACGAUAAUUCCAUCAAUCAUCACGAAUGUUGCGAGGACAGUCCGACACCGGAUAACCAUUUCUUCAAGUAUGCCUCGCUAGUGUACGCCCAGAAUCACCCGGUGAUGAAGAACGGACACGAUUGUAACGAAACAUUCCAGGAUGGCAUUACCAACGGGGCAUACUGGUAUGAGCUGAACGGAGGAAUGCAAGAUUUCAACUACGUUUUCAGCAAUUGCUUCGAGAUCACACUUGAGUUGAGCUGUUGCAAGUAUCCCAAAGCAAGCGAGUUACCGCUCGAAUGGCAGAAAAACAAGCGUUCGUUAAUCGAGUACAUGAAGCUGGCCAACUCUGGCGUGAGGGGUCUGGUAACGGACAGCAACGGAUAUCCGAUCAAAGAUGCCGACGUAAUUGUUGAUGGAAUCAACCAGAACAUUCGGACUACGGAACGGGGCGAAUACUGGCGUUUGUUGGUGCCCGGCAACUACAAGAUCCGCGUUGAGGCCGUUGGAUUUUACCCAAGUCAAGAGGUCCCAAUCACCAUCGCCGCCGAACAGCCGCUACGUGUCAAUUUUAGUCUCAAAUCGUACGAAGCCGACGAAGUUUCAGACAAAACCAGACAUCCACGCGUAGUGCGGCAACUACCAGAUCAAUACGGAUUCGUCAUAGCUCCCAAGUUCGAGCAUCACAACUUCACGGCUAUGGAAUCCAUCAUCCACGAUCUGGCAGACAAUUACCCUUCCAUCACUCGACUCUAUUCGAUCGGCAAAAGCGUCCAACAGCGUGAUCUUUGGGUGAUGGAGAUAACUCGUAAUCCAGGUCAGCACAUCCCGGGCAAACCGGAAGUUAAGUACAUUGCCAACAUGCACGGUAACGAAGUCGUUGGUCGCGAGCUUCUGCUGCUGUUUGCGAAACUCCUGUGCGAAAACUACAAUCGCACCGAGCGGAUAACCAAACUAGUGAACAACACCCGGUUGCAUCUGCUCUUCAGUAUGAAUCCCGAUGGAUACGAAAUCUCCGAGAUCGAAGAUCGAGAUAACUUGAAGGGGCGAGCCAACGCGAACAACGUUGACCUGAAUCGCAACUUUCCGGAUCAGUUCGGAAUGAACAAGUACAACAUGAAGCAGGAACCGGAAACCCGAGCCGUUAUGAACUGGUCUCUGUCGAUUCCGUUUGUGCUGUCCGCGAAUAUACACGGGGGCGCCCUGGUAGCUAACUAUCCGUUCGAUGAUUCGCCCAAAGAUUUCGCGUAUCUCAACGAUUAUGUCAACCCACGGACCGUGAAUAACCCGACGGAGGAGAACGAGAUGUUCCAGUAUUUGGCUCAUACCUACGCAGAUGCCCACACAACGAUGCACUACGGAAAGCCUUGUCCCAGCUAUCUACGUGAGAGCUUCCCCGAUGGUAUAACAAAUGGUGCCGCUUGGUACUCGGUUACCGGUGGAAUGCAGGAUUGGUCCUACGUAGUGGGUGGUGCUUACGAACUAACGCUGGAAGUUGGUUGCGAAAAAUUCCCCAAACCGGAAGAACUGCCCAAUUUCUGGUUGCAGAAUCGGGAAGCUUUGCUAAGAUACGUCGAGCAGGCCCAACAUGGCAUAACGGGUAUGGUCAAGAGCACUAUCGGUCAUCAGAUAGCGCACGCCACAAUCCAAGUGAAUGAAAUACAACAUGUCACAUUCUCCACGGCGGAAGGAGAUUACUACAAGAUGCUACUACCUGGGUUGUACAAUGUGACUGCUGAUGCGGCUGGAUACGAACCGCAAACUAUGCAGGUUCAAAUUCUCCCCGAAGCAACCAAAGCGGUGAUAGUGGAUUUCCUUCUUAUGCGGGAUGAUCCGCAGCAUUGGUCGUCGGCAUACGAUUAUCGGACUCUGGAGAAUGUAGUUAGAACACGUUAUCAUACCGAUGUUGAACUGGUUUCAAUCAUGGGAGAGUUCGAGAACAAAAACUAUAAGACUGCCUCACUUGAGUUCGGUGACAACGAGGUAUCGAUGGCCUUUCCAUCGGUUAAAAUAACUGAUAACAUUGGAACACCGGAGGAAACAAAGUUACAUAUUCUCGUUAUAUCAUCGCUCUUCCAAAGCGCAGCCAUUGGUCGCGAAAUGGUCAUCAAUCUGGCGAGACACAUACUGGCGGGCUAUAAAAUUCCUGAACCUGCUUUACUGAAGCUGCUUAAAAAUGUAGUGCUUCAUUUCGUUCCUAUCAAAAUGGACUCGGAAGAACUCUUGACGCAAUAUCGGGCCAACAACAGCUUGUGUGAUCCUGUAGUUAAGGAUGAACUGGCCGAUCGGUUGCUGAGUGCAGAAACCGAUCACCAGAAGGAUAUGUUACUGCGUAUGCUGCAGGAUGAACAAUACGACUUGGCGUUGAAUUUUGCAGCUGGAGGCAACGAAGUAUUCUAUCCGAAAACCGAUGACAAAGUGGCAAUUUAUUCACGUUUGGCUGAGAAAAUCAAGGGCCACAAAUACACCGCUGUCAGCAAUGAACAAUGUCCUUCAAACGUGGCCCGGGUUCAUCAAGCAGAUGCCAUUCAGAAGCUAACCAAUCAACUACACAGCUUCUACAAGGUUCCGCUAUUCACCAUUCAACUCGGUUGUUGUAAGAUGCCACUGGAGGCGGAUAUCGCCUCGGUAUGGCGUCAGAACCUAGAGCGGAUGACUAAUUUCCUACGUCUCGUUGACACCGGUAUCAAGGGUUACGUGAGAGACACCAGAGGAGUUCCUCUGCGAACGGCCAUUCUGAAGGUUCGAGGAAACAAUUUGAUCUAUAAGGUUACACCAAAUCUGGCACACUUCCGCGUGGUGCUUCCAUCCGGUUCGAUGGAAAUCGAAUUCAGCUGUCUCAAUUACACAUCAAGAAUCGUAUCGAUUGCUUUGAACCAGAAUCAAGUGCUGGACAUGGGGGAUAUCGUUAUGCAAGAAGUUGGUAGACCACGAGAGGGCAUUGUGGAACCCGAGCCACAUCAGCCGCUAGUUUCCACGGUAAAGCCAGAGCAACAUGGCAGUUUUGGUGUUCUCGAACCACACAGUAACAUGAAGAUGUUCCCCCAGGACGGAGGAGUGGUAGAAACUCGUGGAAUUAUUUCAGGAUUGGUUCUCGAUGAGCUGAAUCAUCCUCUUCCAAACUCGAAGGUGUUCAUACAAAACAAGGUUAGCAACCUUUCUACCCACACGGAUUCCAUUGGCAAAUUCCAACUAAAUGGCGUUGAGCAGAAAGAUCUGGUCCUGCAUGCACAGUCUCCGGGAUAUACGUCCGACGAGAAAACGCUCCACAUUGGUCCCCUGGCAGACCUCUCGGGGGUCAUAUUCCGGCUGAGGAAAGACGAACGAGUGCUGGGAAUACCACGUUUGCUGUUCGUCAUUCUGGCAGGCUGUGCCUCGGUGGCCAUCAUCGCUUGCGGCGUACUAUUCUUCACGUACAUCCAGGCUCGCCGGAAAAAUUCCCGCUACUACUACAACUUCUCGAUUCUACCCCAGAAGGGAGAACAAACGCAACGACUCUUCGAAGAUGACGACGACGGUGAGACGGAGCUGUUUCGAGCACCAACGAAAAAGCUCCAACCAUAUUAUGACGACGAACGGGACCCAAUAACCGACACCGAAGACGACAGCGAAGAGGAAAUCGUGAUGCUCAAUUCAUCAUUCCGGGAUAGCAGGGACAAAUAAGCACACGCAACAUGUUAGUUUUAACUAGCUAAUCUCUCUCUCUCUCCGUCACAAUAGAAGUCAUGACAAAUCAUAACAAUUGACAGAGCGCCGUCUGUCGGUUCGCAGAGAUGAGAUUAAAUGGCGGAUGAAUAUCUAGUGUGAAGUUAUCAGAACCAUUCCAUUUUUCAACUAGAAACGUAUAUUGAGCAAAAACACCAUCAUCAAAUGUACAGGAUUGAUAUUACAAAUGGGCUCUUGCGUUUGUAAUAUCGGAUGUGCCGAAAGUGAGAGUUGAACUAAAAUAAAUGUGAUAAUUUUAUGUGACACCCUAGGAAGAGCACACUUAUGACAGAUGUUACAUCAAUAUAGGAAAGGAAUGUGAAACUUUAAUUAGCGUCUAGAAGAUUAAUGUAGUGAUGUACUUAUUGUUUGGCUAUGUUGUCGAGAUGUUUUUUGAAUGAAGGACGAUUCGAAUACGAAGAUUUUAAAUAUAAUUUGUAAUAAUUACCA